UUCAUCUGCAAUUAUAUGGAUGUUUUCGUUAUGACUGUUAGCAUUGGCUUGGCAGCGAGAUUUACGCAGCUUAACGAUAACUUAUUCAAGUUCAAGGACAUAAUGAGCUUACCUUACACACUUUCAAAUAUCGCCUUACACUUUUAAUUGCUUAUUUUGGCUGACUGACCGACACAGCGUAUGCCUGAGAUGUACGGGUCGACGCAACACAAGCAAGACCGGAACUUGUUCGAGUUCUGUGCACGCAUUGACGGCGCCAUUCCGCUCAUCACGAUGACAUUUUUUGGAAUAAUUUUGUAUAUCAUUUGUGCGCAACUGUUGCGUAGUCUAAACAAAAUGUCACCGCUCGCCCAUGUCGCGUGCUUUUACUUUUCGCUAUUCUACCUUAUCGGCCGUACCUUGGCCGUUUCAUUGUAUUCGGCCAGCAUCAAAGAUGAGUCACGGAAGCCGUUGCGCGUGCUACGCUGAGUGCCCAAGGAGUCCUGGUGCACUGAGGUGAAACAUUUCUCGGAGGAUAUUAGCACCGAUUUGGUUGCAUUAAGUGGCAUGAAAUUCUUUUAUCUCACACGGAAAUUGGUGCUGAGCGGAUGUAACGUAUAGCUUUGCAUUCCGCUGGUCGCUUGUCCAUGAGCAGUCACGUGUGCUGGCACUUGGGCGCUUCGCCUAUUCAUUACUUCUGCACUCAUACUUUUUACCUGCCUAUGGCUUAUGUUCGUGGCAUGUACCACUGCCGUUGGACUUCGACCAUUUUUGCUUUGUUAUGUGAUUACCUUUACUUACUUCCUCUUGGUGCAAUCAGCUUUCUGAUUUUCGCUUACACGCUUUUUGUUGUCUUUCUUCAAGUUUACUUCCCUUUUUUAUACACAAGUAUCAAUUUACCAUAUUCAAGCUAAAUAAUUAAUAGUCCUGUUUACUGGUUUUCUGGGAUUCUGGUUUUCUUCUUUUCUGCUUUCUGUUAUUGUGUAUUUUAUAUUAUUAGGUUGCUGGAACUGUAGUGACAUAUGAGUUGGUGCUUUUAUAAUUCCUUCAGGAUAACAAACUUCCAAAAUGUGAAAGCAGCAUGCGUAAACUGUCAUAUCCCGGCAACAACAGUUCGCAUUGAGCUUAGGUAAGUGGGUGGAUUACAAUUAAUUGUUGUACAAAUGCUAUGAUAUCAACUCUGUAAGCAGAAUAGAUUUGUUCUAUGAAUCAUCAAAAUAAAAAUGUAAAAAAUA